AUGAUAAACAUAACUAAAGAACCAGUAUAUAGAACAUAUGUUUUAGUUCACAUCCUUCUUUUGUUAAAAUUGGGGAGAAGUGUGAUAUUCAGAGAUAGCAGUACCUUGGAUGCGUAUGUUCUAAAUAAUACUCAUAUCGCUUUUGAAGUUUCAGUCCCAAAUAAUCAUCUACUUGCCAUUGGAUUUGGAAAUUACAUGACUGAUAGCGAUAUGGUGAUGUGGCAAUCUAAAGGAGUUUAGAGUGCUUGUUAAGAUAUGUGGUCUACAGGAAGGAGAAAACCCUCAAUUGACAUCAUAAAUGACUAUAAUACUCAGAUUAAAUAUGACUAAGCACAAAGAGCUUUCUUUAGAAGUAUCCGUAGACUAGAUACAGGAGACAAGUACGAUUAUGAAAUCGAUCAUGAGUUUAAAGAAAUAAAUAUGAUUUGGGCUUUUAUCGAUACAUCCGCAGAUCUUUAAAGACAUUACAUGGAUAACAAAGGAAGAAUGAAAAUGAGAAUGAACUAGCAAGGCUAGAUUGAAUUUGAAUUAAUUCCUAUUUUGGAUAUUGCUCUUAUCGCAGGAUGGCUGUAGUUUAUGGCAUGGACAGUACUAGGUUUAGUCUAGGUAGCUAGCUACAGAUAUCUCCGUAGAUAUUGGUGGUUAAACAAUUGGCUUCAUGCUGUUUGUGGCACAAUAAUUUGUCUUGAGACAUUGAUCAUUGGAUUUGUAGGAAUGAUUGAUGGAUUUUUUAUAACAUGGCACGUUAUUCUAGGUUUUGCUAUAAUGGGCUAUGUUUUUUUAGUUUCUAUAUUUGGUUUCUAUGUCCUAUGGUACUAAAAUACUGUAUAAUGGCAGUCAGCGAAAGUAGCAAGACUAAAAAAAAUCAAAAGAAUUAGUGGAUAUAUUCUAAUAGUUUUAAGUCAAUUAGCAAUGAUAUCUGGUGUCUUUGAGUAUAAUCAUCAGAGUCCGAGUGCAUUGAGAUCAUUAUUAGGCAUUUUAGAUAUUAUAGUGUUCUUUGGAAUUUGGGGAGCAAUGGAGUUUUAUUUCAGGCGUCACCGAGAAGACUAUGUCCCUUUCAUAGAUAAAAAAAUUGAAAUGUCCAGUGAAGAGUUUUAUGAUAGAAUCAAGAGAGGUGAGAAGCUUGUUUUACUGAAUGACAUGGUGUUGAAUGUCAGUAAAUAUCAAUUCAAUCACCCUGGUGGAAAGUUUGUAAUAGCACAAAAUGUUGGAAGAGAUAUCACAAAGUUUUUCUAUGGUGCAUACCAAAUGGAAAAUUAUGGCAAUCAAAAACCUUAUUUUCACUCUAAUGUGGCAAGAGCAAUUGUAAACGAACUAAUGAUGGGAAGAAUGAGCACGAAAGCCCCCAAAUUUAUUGCUCAAGCUGUCGGGAAAUAUCCUGUCAACUCUAAUACAAAAUGUUUUGUAUUCAGAAGUCACACCAAUGUGCCUGGCAUUUCAAAGUACUAUCCAGAUAUAUCUUAUAUUGGGAAGCAUUACUUACUAAGCAGUUUAGAUCAAUUUCAGGUGAGAAGAUAAUAUACCAUCUCAAAUUGUAUGCAAGGAGAGACUUACAACUGGUACUUAAAAGCCAUUUCAUAUUGUUUGUCUGAUUCUUCAAAUGUCUCAAUGUCUUUUAGAAAUUUGGUCACAAACGGCCUCCCAGUAGUUAAUGAAAUAGAAGUGGGUGAAGAUGGAUAGAAUAAUUCUGCCUACUCUAUUAUGAAUUUUGAAACAUAACAAGAUAUGAUAGAAUCUUGCUAAAAAAAUGGAUGUGAAGUAGUUAUGACUAUAAAAGAUUAUAAGGCCCCUGAUGGACUUGCUACUAGAAUAUUUGAGGAUACUUCUAAUGGCAAAAACAUUGUUUUGACUGUUUAAGGGCCAAUGGGUAUUGGAUUAGACAUUUAAAGGACAGGAACUCAUAUCGCAUUUACAGGUGGUACAGGCUGUCUGGUAUUUGUUGAUCUAGUAGCAUUCCUAUUAAGAAAAUCUAUGAAAUCACUAAAGCCAAGUGAAGAUAACUAGAUUGAUGGUGAUUCUUUUAAAUUUGUACUUUAUGUUUCCUUCCCAAAGAGGGAAGAAGUAAUUGGACUCGAACUUUAUGAAGGCCUAGUUUAGAUUCAAGAGAAAUUUGAGCUGAAAAACUUUGAAUUCCAUAUGAGGCUGAGUAAUGAAACUAAGGAAAGGUGGGACUUCAAAUUCUUAGACUAGUAGCUAGAUAAAUAUAAUGAGAACUUGCAAAAAAUAUGGGUAUGUGGCCCACCAAGAAUGAAUGAAGACUUUGAUAAAAAUCUACUAAGACUUUAAAAUAAAUAUGGAUACGGGCAUCAUACUUAUGAUAUUCUUUGA